CUACAAAAAGACAAUAGAGGCCUAUGGGGCGACGGUUGCGGUGUCCCAAGCGUACGUGGUGCCAGGCUUGUCCAAGACGAGGGACGGCAUGAACGCGGCGCUGUCGAGGAACGAGGGCGAAGGCGAGCCGAUCCGUGCCGACGCUCAGACUACGUUCCGAUCGCUCAUCGAGGGCGACAGGCUUCUCACUGCCGAGGAACUCUCUAUCGUCGAGGAAAGUGACGAUGCGACGCAGCUGGCAGACCAUAUCGCUCGAGGCCGACGGACGUGCGUGCAAGUGACAAAGGUCCAUCUCAAGCUCGCUGCGCUUCUCCAGCAAGCCUGCGGGCCCUAUUCGGAGAUCUUUUUCGAUGCGGCACUCAAGCGGGCCGAGGAGCUCGAUCGGCGCAGCGAGAAGGCAGGAAGGCUCUUUGGCGUGCCCAUCAGCAUCAAAGCGCACAUCAGCAUGGAGGGCACAGGCUCCGAUCGCGGCUUCGUCUUUGAUGUCUUGCGCCCAGAGGCCAAACGACGGCUCGUAGAUGAGCUGGAGAAGCAGGGUCAGGUGGAGGAGAGCAUCAUCAGCUUGUUGAGGAAGCAGGCUGAGCAUCUCGGGUCGUCAAAUGCGCCCAUGGUGGACAAGCUGCUGAGCGAGGGCGCUAUCAUCAUUGCCAAGACUAGAAUGCCACAGAGCGUGGUGCAGCUUGACACCAGGAGCAACUUGCACGGCCAGACGCUCAAUCCCCUCAACAUGAACCUAAGUCCAGGCGGGUCUUCAGGCGGCGAGGCCGCCUCGGUCUCAGCUGGUGCUACUUUCCUUGGUCUUGGCACCGAUAUUGGCGGAAGUGUGCGCCAACCUGCAAGCUGCUGCGGGCUGUAUGGCAUCAGACCUUCCGUGGGCCGCAUUGCCGUUGCGGGUAUCAACUCGACAAUGCCAGGCAAUGAAGGCAUCAUCGGAACGGCUGGCCCCUUUGCCAAGUCGCGAAGGGACCUCGAGCUUAUGAUGGCCAUCCUCGCAUCGGGCUCGCACAACGUCGACCCGUUUUUAUGCCCGCCAAUCCCGUGGCAGAACACCGAGGACGUCGAGCUCCCCAAGAGGAAGCUCAGGGUAGGCGUCAUGUACCAUGAUGGCCAUGUCGAGCCAAUCACACCAAUUCGAAGGACGCUGGCACACGUCGUCGAGCAGCUUAAAGCUGACGGCCGCGUCGAGAUUAUUCCAUUUGACGCAGAAGACGCCGGCGUGGUAGCUUGGAAACUCGCGCGGGAGCUUUAUUGCUUCAUGGAGUCCGGGCAGCUAAUCAAAUCCUUGGCAAAUUUGACGAACGAGCCCCUCGUUCCCUUGACUCGCUACAUUUGCGAGACGAGUCCGGUCAAGAACCAUUCAGCCGCGGAGAGCUGGGAGCUGCAGUAUGCUCGCGAGACGUUCAAGCGGCAAUUCUGGAAGAGGUUCGGCUCCUCUUCAUCUUCUUCCUCCCCCUUCGGGCCAGACGCAAAGAUCGACGUCUUGUUAUGCCCAGCAGGUGCCCAGGUUGCGCCCAGACCGGGGAAGAUCUGGUAUUGGGGUUACACUUCUCUCUUCAACCUCACCGAUCUGCCAGGCGUCGUCUUUCCUGCCAAGAAUUUUGUCGCCGACUCAAAGGCCGAUCUUCAAUACGAGGGUCGUGAGAAGGGCAGGACCCAAAGCAACGAGGCGCUGGACAAGCAGAACAAAGAAGAGUACGAGCGUAACCGUGAGGUCUUUGACGGUGCGCCCGUUGGGCUUCAGCUUAUAGGUCAUCGCUUCAAAGAGGAGACCCUCCUCAAGUCUCUCGAGCUCAUUGAACAUGCUAUGAAGCAUUGAAAGCGGACUCUCCUAUAUCAUAGAAUACAUUUUUGUUCUCGUCCAGAAGAGAAAAGGACAACAAAGAAAGACGUCCAAGAUAGAAAAAUACGCAAAAAGAACAUUUACAAGAAGGGCAUCCAGCUGACGUCCUGCAGAGCCAGCUUGGAAGGCGAGCUGCUGGAAUUGAUCAAG